CCCACCUUUCUCUGUCCAGCGGCUGCAGCUACAGCCUCUCCGGGCUUCCAAGCAGGGGAAGGGAGACGGUGGCAGCCCCCCCAGCCAGCCAGCCAAGCCAGCCAAAGCCGCCUUGGUCCCUCCUGCAGCCGAUUUCAAGGGGCGCAUUCGGGAUGGAGGGCGACUUCCAGUUCCUCUUGUGCCACAGAUGCCAGAGAGAAGCCAAGAACCCCAAACUCCUAGCCUGCUUGCACACCCUCUGCACUCAAUGCCUUGAGGAUUACAAGCCCCUUGGGCAGUGCCCGGUGUGCGGCAGCCCCGCCCAGGCCUCGGACAGAUUUCCACUUCAGGAUAACUUGCUUUUCUCCAGCCUCCAGGCCAAGCUGAACACCUAUCAGAAGAUUGUCAGCAAUCAAGAGCUGGUUUGCAACCUCUGCAAAGAAGCGGCGGAGUUUUGGUGUUCGGAGUGCUUGGAGUUCCUGUGCCUGAAGUGUCAUGAAGCCCACCAGUGGUACUUGAAGCAGAAAAGCCACGAGACCCAACGGCUGGCCGACCUGAGGAAGGAGACGGCCCAGAGUUUUCUCGAAGGGGCGAGGAAGUCUUGUACCCUCUUUUGUGCUGAGCCCACCCACAACAACCAGGUCAUAAGCAUCUAUUGUCGUGGCUGCUGCAAACCGCUCUGUUGCUGUUGUGCCCUGCUCGACGGAGAACAUUACAACGCCAAGCUUUACAGUGACAUCCGCGUGGAAAUUGAGAACCGGAAGCAGGAACUGACCAAGCUGAAGGAGGAGCUGGUGGAGAAGAAGAGGAGUUCCGAGAGUACCCACAACAAUGUCCAUGAGCGACUGAAGAAGCUGGAGAAGGUCCGGAACGAGACCCGUGAGUUGAUCCAGAAGAAGGUGAAGGACAUGGUCCAUUGGAUCCAGAAGAAGGGGGAGGAACUUUUGGAGAAAGUGGACCGGCGUCUCUGCCAGGAGCAAGAAGAAGCCAAGAAGAAGCUGGAGUCCAUGGAGCAGGUCCUCAAGCGAAUGGAGGCCAGCGAGCAGCUGGUGGAGAAGAUGGACCUUUUUGCCUCCGACCAAGAGAUGAUAGACAUGCAUCCCUUCAUCAAGGAGUCCCUGGAGAGGCUCAAGAAAGAGAAGCUGCCUGUUUCCAGCUUUCGGAUCCAAGUGGAGAACUUCGAUGAGGUCCAAAGGGAGCUCCAAACUCUGCUUAAGAGAGUCAAAGGAGAAGAUGCUUUUGGGUGUACAGUUUCCACGCCCGGAUCUUGCAGUUCCAUGGUCAAUUCGGAAAGUCUGCAGAAUGAGAAUCUUCAAGCCAAAUCUCCAGGGAUGAAAAAACAGAGGCCUACGUACACCCUCAGUGUUGCCAAAACAUCGCAGGGCUUUACAACGUCCAUUACCGGUAUCUCACCCACCAAGCGACCAAUAGCCCAGUUGGAGAAGUCCAUCCAGGCUUCUCCCAAGAUGAUGAAGUUGGAAGAACACGACUGUGACGCUCCUGAGGUCACCGACCAGCAAGGCCAGGAGGACGUCCCCAGCUCUCGACAGCAUUCGUUCCGUGAAUCGACGCCAGAGCAUCAGUACAGAGAAGCCGCCAAAUUGUUGGUGCUCAGAGAAGAUUCCCCUCCUGCGAUCUGUGAAUCAGAGGUUGCCAGUAUUGUGAUCAGUAGCUCCGAAGACACCGAAGAUGACGUGUGACCAUCUGCCUGUUCCAGACUGGUUUCCAGUAAGUUGAGCCUGAGUUAGGAGCCACAGGAUGGAUGUACCAUUGGCACUUUUCUCCUAUGCUUCUUCUAAUCACAUCCGUGAAGAGUGAACAGCUGCCUCCGAGCACCAAUUUCGAGCUGUGGUUUCCCUCCAGGGCUUUCUGCAUCAUGGAAAAUGAUGGUCUCUUUUUCCCCUUCCUUCUGCACAGUUUUAUCCAGCCUUUAAUGAUAAGCGCUGAAUCAUGAAUUGCUAAUCUUCUCUGAAUCCACAGGCCUUCUAUGGGUGGCAGAAUCAGGAGGGGCUGCUAAGCAAAGAUAUUUUAUCUCUCUACUCUGCUCCUGGGGUAACUAGAGGAAUUCAAAGUAAAUGAAUUUGUGGGGUUUGGCCUGCCUGGUUUUCUGAUUAUUACCGAAAGUUUGUAUGUCGUACUUUUUUUUUUAAAGGACAAAGAUGCUUCUUUGGGCUUCUUAUAUAUCAUUUUCUUAUCUCUUGUGGGGAGGAUCCUCUCUGGUUAGAAGACAGACGACAAACCAUGUACCUGCUGGCUAAAAUAGAAAUACAAAUCCGGAUGGCUUUUCAAACAGAUCCAAUGAACUCUGAUGGAGGUCAUCAAUGCAAAUUAGGUCGAAUCUCUCAGUUUCCAUAUCCAGUCAGUUUCUCACUGAUUGUUCCUGAAUCCCUUCUGUUUCCUAGUCCUUGUGCUGUUAAAAGAGCCAGUAGCCAAAAUACUCUGGAUCAGGGGUCUCCAACCUUGGCAACUUUAAGACUUGUGGACUUCAACUCUCAGAGUUCCUCAGCCAGCAAAUGGGAGUUGAAGUCCACAAGUCUUAAAGUUGCCAAGGUUGGAGACCCCUGCUCUGGAUUACCCCUAAAGAAACUGAAGGAUCUUGAUUCUUUAGAUUCACGUUGACGGCAAGAUAGGUGGCGAAUAACAUUAACAAAUAAGUAAAAUAAAAUAAAUUCUAAACCAUAGUGUGUGCCCAGUGCAAAAAUGACAUUGGAUGUCACCAUUAAAAGAACCACAUUAGAGUAAUUUACUCUCCCUAAUAAGCCUGAAGAAAGAUGCAGCUAUUUUAAUGAAUCAGCUUAUGAAUGUGCUGUGUUUUAAAACAAUCCCAUGGUUCCUCAAAUUGAAAUUAGGAUUUGGUUUGCUUGCCAGGUUAAACUAGCAUUGGCUUAAUCAAAGAUGGGUGAAUUAACAAGAUUGGCUGGCUUCACGCAGUGCGUUAAGCACUGAGCCAGUUGUGUGUGUGCAUUGCCUUGAAAUUUUUUUGUAAAAAUAAAAAAGGGAUAUAUAUAAGUUAAAUAAGCAGGUUUCACAAGCCAUCGUGGCUAAAUUCUCCCAAUACACUAAGCCAAAACUAAAUAAAGCACAUUAUGACCAGCCUGUGAUUUGUGAAGUUUACUUAUAUUGUGUUUGUGUGGUGUAAAGGCAAGAAACAGCAGGUGGCAGUCUAGCACAGGAAGAAUUUACUUGCCUUGCUUUAGUUCCUUAAAAAAGCAGAAUAUUUGUAGCUCAGGGCUGAAGUGAAAGCUCCUUGGUGCUUCUUCGAGCUUGGUUGCUUUCUUGCAGAUGUUUCAUUACCAAACUAGGCAGCAUUAUCAGUGCUAGAAGGGAGUGGGGUUUGAAGGGAGGAGGAGGAGGACUGUGUGGUCCUUGGUGUUUCUUUGAGCUUGGCUGUUUUCUGGGAGACGUUUCAUUACCCAACUCGGUAACAUCAUCAGGGCUAGAAGGGAUUGGGAUUUGCAGAGAGGAGGAGGAGGAGGACUGUGGGAACUCUAGAAAAAGUGCAGAGGAGAGCAACCAGGAUGAUUUUAUUUUAUUUUAUUUAUUUUAUUAGAUUUAUAAACCGCCCUUCUCCCGAAGGACUCAGGGCGGUGUACAGCCAAAGUAAAAAAGAAACAAUGUACAGUUAAAAUAAAAUUAAAAAACUUAUUAUACAGUAUGGCCGGAAUUAAAACAGUUAAAAAAUCUAAAAAACCCCAAUUAAAACCAGAGAGAAAUUUAAAAUUUAAAACUAAACAAUUUAAGAAAGCCCCGCACGAACAAACAGAUAUGUUUUCAGUUCGCAGCAAAAAGUCCGAAGGUCAGGUAUUUGACGUAAACCAGGGGGAAGUUCAUUCCAAAGAGUGGGGGCCCCCACAGAGAAGGCCCUUCCCCUGGGGGCCGCCAGCCGACAUUGUCUGGCGGACGGCACCCUGAGAAGGCCCUCUCUGUGCGAGCGUACGGGUCGGUGGGAGGCAUGAGGUAACAGAAGGCGGUCCCGUAAGUACCCAGGUCCCAAGCCAUGGAGCGCUUUAAAGAUGGUAACCAGAACCUUGAUUAAGGGAUUGGAGGAUUAGGGGAUUGGAGACUAAAACAUGCGAUGAACGGUUGCAGGAACUGGGCCUGGCUAGUCUAGUGAAGAGAAGGACCAGGGGAGACAUGAUAGCAGUCUUCCAAUAUUUGAGGGGCUGACACAGAGAGGAGGAAGGGGAUCAAGCUGUUUUCCAAAACACCCAAAGCCCAAACAAGGAAGAAUGGAUGGAAACUGAACAAGGGGAGAUUCAACCUGGAAAUAAGGAGAAAUUUUCUGACAGUGAGAACCAUCAAUCAAUGGAACAGAAGUUGCCUUCGGGAGCUUCAUCACUGGAAGCUUUCAAGAAGAGACUGGACUGCCCCCUGU